CCUUCUAAGCAGAAGGCAAAAAAAGAGUCCCAUUAUCUACAAUGGGAAAUUAUAGGUGUUUCAUCAAACAUACACAUAACUGUACAGUACAGUGGUUCUCAAACGUUUUCAGUGUGAGCCUCCCCUAUGUAGUGUGCGUCCCUUUAUGGCCCCCUCAGAAUCAUAAAAUUUUGUUUUUUCCACAUUAGUCUCUUCUGUAUUAACUUUCUCAGCUAAGAGACCUCUAUCUCCUCCAUCUAAACACUUAUCCAUUUUAAAUAGUCUUAUGUUUCAUUAGCGUGUGGCUAAAAGGUAACAUACAAGUCAAAUUCAUUAAAAAAAAAAAGUUCUAGAAUUUCUAUGUGGCCCAUCUGUCGGCCCACCCAGGUGGGCACCCACCCCAGGAUGAGAACCCCUGGUAUAGUACUGUAUAUAGCCUCAACGCUCCAAACACACCGAUUCAGUAGGCGGCGGUAAUGCGACACAAAAUGGCGCCUCAACUGCCAUGAAACAAGAAGAAGAGCUUCGUUGCUAAACGACAGUCAGCUGAAACAGCUGGCGGGAAAAACGGCGAGUUGUUUCGAAGCUCCCAGCUCUGAUAAAUGAGUUUACUUAAAACUUAUUAACGGUAUCAUGACUGUUAAAAAGAAUUGACAGAAAAUACACACUGAAAACUGUUUUCACAAUGGCGCCAGUUAGAAUUAAACAUGUUGUCUCGUUCACGUCAGAGGACCCGAAGCACCGUGUGGUGAACUUGUGCUCUGGCGGUGGAGGAAGCGGCCCGUGGCUGUGUAGUACAGCGGAGCGGAGCGGCCUUCUUAAAGCCGAGCUGCAGCUGGACCGGACUUCUACCAUCGCCUUUAUAGACGUGGGAAACCAUGGCUCUGCGUUUAUUCAGGUGGACGUGGGGCGCUCGUCAUGGUCUAUAGAUCAUCCAUAUGUCUCACUUCUGCCCACUGCGACCCUAAUGAACCCGGCUGAUUCACGACAAGGCACAGGAAAGAACAGUGUGCGUAUGUUCAAAAAAGGUGAUUUCUUGCCCCAGGCUGCUGAAGAGAGCUGGGACAGGCUGAGGGUCACGUGCAGUCAGCCCUUCAACAAGCGCAACCAGUUUGGCCUGUCCUUCUUUCGUGUCCGCACUGCUGAUGAACACACUGAAGAGCCGUCUGCCAAUCAGGAGAACCCCACUACCAAAAAUCAGCGUACACCAGAUAAGAUGUGGUCAGUAAGAGAGUGGAUCUCCAGCCCUCCUGUACAACACACCUUCUUUGGCCAAAAAAGAGGAGAAAGCUCUCCAGGAGAGCCUACAAAGGAUCAUGAGAAACUGAGCAGGGCAGAGCGCAUGGUAACAGCUGCACAGUCAAUCAGGCGCGCUCUACAUAACACCUCCUGCAAUGUUUUAAUGAGCAGUAGCAAUAGACAGGAGAAGACCCAGAACACACUGCAUGGUCCAGCCAGGACUCCUCAGGCACGCAGGAGAAAGUCUGAAACGAUGCGCGAGCAAGCAAUCAUGUCCUCUACUCCAAAGAGGUCCAGAUGUAGUACAUCAGACGUUACUGCCAUCAAGAAGAAAAACGAUGCAUUCAGACGCAGCCCUGUUAAAUCUCAUAUGCCAGCAACAUCACCACCAAAGAACAGCCCGGUUUAUCCUGAACCUCCUGAGACUGUAUGCCCAAUAUGUGGAGUGUCUUUCAGCCCGGACUGCUUGCCUCUUCAUGCUUCUUCCUGUCUGGAUUCUGGUUCAGUUGAUUUCUCAAGUGUCAUGGAGACAGAAACUGAGUCAUCUUUUUCCUUUCGUCCACCUUCUGGUCCAAGCACAGAUGAGCUCGUGGUGCCAUGUCCUCUGUGCUCCUUCAGGUUCCCUAUAGACUGUAUCCAACAGCAUGCCAGUACCUGUGGUGACACUGUGUGGGUGGACAUUGCUUUUGCAUUGUUGAUUUCUACCUCCCAGCCAGCGCAAUGGCGCGAGAUUGUGAACAAAAAGAUGCUCUUCCCCCCGGAGCUCAUCAGCGCCAUUCACGAGGGGAACGUGGCUGGAAUCCGUAGCCUGCUGAAGACCGGCGAUGGCAUCAUCCGCCAGCUGGAAGAGUCCGAAGACAGGCAGUGGAGAGAAGCACUGAACCUGUCCAUCCGCCUUGGCAAUGAGGACACCAUGGUUACUCUGCUACAUGGAGUCAAGUUUGAUUUCCGACAAAUCCACGAGGCUCUUUUGGUGGCUGUUGACACUAACCAGCCACGUAUUGUGAAGCGCCUCCUCGACCGGCUCGAUCAAGAGAAAGGCAACAAGAUGGAUGUGCACUCUUUCAAUCAGGCCAUUUUUGACCAUUCCAUUGAUGAUUCUCAGUUUGCCCCCGGGGUGACGCCGUUGACGCUGGCCUGCCAGAAGGACCGGUAUGACAUUGUGACCAUGCUCACACAGAAGGGCCAUGUCAUCCCAUGGCCUCACAAGGUCUCCUGUAGUUGUCUCGAGUGCCGGAACGGGCGCCAGUAUGACUUGCUCAAGUUCUCACUGUCACGCAUUAACACUUACCGUGGCCUUGCCAGCCGGGCAUACUUGUCCGUCACUACCGAGGAUGCCAUGUUGAGUGCUUUUUAUCUAAGCCGGGACCUUCGCAAACUCUCUAAAAGGGAGCCGGAGUUUAAGCCACAGUACCUUGCACUCGAGGAGCUGUGUCAGGAGUUUGCUGUGGAAUUACUGGGAAUGUGCCGGAACCAGAGUGAGGUCACCACCAUUCUCAACGACUGUGGGAUUAACGAUGCCGACAGUCAAGAAGAGCUGGAAAAACACUCAUUCGAAGAGGGCAUACCAAACCUGGCCCGAUUGCGACUCGCCGUGAACUACAACCAGAAACAGUUCGUAGCCCACCCAAUCUGCCAGCAGGUUCUUUCAUCCAUCUGGGCUGGAAACUUAUCUGGCUGGAGAGGCAGCAGGACGGCCUGGAAACUCCUGGUCUCAGUGGGGAUUUUUGUCACCAUGCCUAUUCUCUGCCUCAUUUACUGGAUUGCACCAAAGUCAAAGGUGGGAAAGAUUUUGAAAAUUCCAGCAAUCAAAUUCAUCCUUCACUCUGCCUCCUACUUGUGGUUCCUCAUCACACUGUUAGCGGAAUCCAUAAUCAUGGAGAUGUUUCGUGACGCAUCUUCAACCAGGAACCAGACCAUAUUGCAGAACUCUAUCCACAUGGUGUGGGUGGCUGGGUUUUUCUGGUAUGAGUGUAAGGAGGUCUGGAUCGAGGGCCUGAGGAGCUACUUCCUGGACUUGUGGAAUUGUCUGGAUGUAAUAGUGCUCAGCAUGUAUCUGGCCUCUUUUGCACUGCGGGUGGUCGUUCUGGUUAAAGGCUAUAUUGUGUGCCAGCAACCUGAAAGUGCAGAGUGUUUCUACUUUACCCAGUCUGCACGUCAAGACUGGUUUCAGGAGGACCCUCAGAUAAUAGCUGAAUUGCUCUUUGCUGUCACCAGCAUGCUGAGUUUCACACGUUUGGCCUACAUCCUGCCUGCGCAAGAGUCUCUGGGAACCCUGCAGAUCUCUAUGGGGAAGAUGAUUGAUGAUAUGAUGAGGUUCUUGUUUAUACUGAUGAUCAUUGGUACAGCCUUUUUGUGUGGUAUCAACAAUAUCUAUGUUUCUUACGCCGAAUCUCAAUACCUUGGAAGGUUUAAUGAGACCUUCCAGUUCCUGUUCUGGACAAUGUUUGGUGUUGUCAAUAAGGAAUAUGUGGACAUGCCUGAGCAUGAUUUGGCUCAGUUUGUGGGCAGAAUCCUGUAUGGGAUCUUCACACUACUGAUCGUCAUUGUGCUACUUAACAUGUUUAUUGCUAUGAUCACAAACUCUUACCAGAAGAUUGAGGAUGAUGCGGAUGUGGAGUGGAAAUUUGCUCGCUCCAAACUGUAUCUGAGCUACUUCAGGGAGGGACUCACGAUGCCUGUCCCCUUCAACAUCAUUCCCUCACCAAAAGCUUUCUUCUACCUCAUAAGAAAACUCUGCUGCUGGUGCAACUUUAAUUCGGCUCCGGACUAUCCACCUAUCGGCUCUGUGUCUAAUGAGACAGAUGAGAAGGUGUCGUACAGAAAUCAGGUGAUCCGGGCUUUAGUGCAGCGUUAUAUUGAUUCUGCCAGAAGAGAGUUUGAGGAGACGAAGCGCAAAGAUAUUGGAAACCGGGUCACAGAGCUGAGUAAAGUGGUUGGACACCUGCACGGUGAGAUGAAGCAAAUUCACCAGACACUGUUAGACAUGGGGGAGAACCGACUGGAUCCUUCAGAACGUAGCACUUCCUCCAUCAUAGGGAAGUACAUCCAGGGCGCCAAAAACAACUUCCGUGACUUUAACAGCGUCGUACCUUCAGAAAGCAAAAGUGUCCCUUUGCUGGCCAACGUCCACCAGAUGAAAUCUGAAGAUGAAGCCGAUGUGAACGGAGAGGAGAUAAACGACACAGAAGAGACUUUUGAUAAAGGUAAGAUAGAGGAGGACGGAGCAGGUGAUGAGAUCAUGGAACAGGAGGGUAAAGAUCAGACUGGGGAUGGAUGUAAGGUAGAGGAAGAUGGAGCCGAUGAAAGCAAUGAUCAGAGUCUAGUUGAAGAUGAAACGACGAAGAUGGAGGAGGGGAGAGCCAAUGCAGGAAUAGAAGAACCACUAACCGGCAGCAGUGGCUCUCAGGACACCGGGUUUGGUUCUGAAGAAUCAGAAUUCUCCGCUAGCAGUCCUGAGUAACUGUAACAAAAUGUCUCCCAGGAUUCAUUCUGAACUACACUAGCUGUUACGAAAAGCAUUUCUGAAAUCGUAGUCCAUACAUUUUUGUAAAUCAGUUGUUUGUAACCCAGAUUUUAUGUACGUUCCUCAUGUGACUUUUGGAAAUCCAUGAUCCCAAAUACAAUCCUGAGCUUAGGUUACUGUAGAGUUUCUGUCCCCAUGUCUGCUGGGUUUCCUCCCACUUCCCACACCCCAAAAACAUGCCGGUAGAUGGAUUGGAUAGGAUCGAUUGCCCCUAUGUGUGAAUGUGUGUGUGCCUGGUGCCCUGUGCUGGACUGGCACCCCAUCCGGGGUAUAUCCCGUUCCUGGGAUAGGCUCCGGAUUCACCUUGAGCAGGACAAGCACUUAUUGAAAGUGAUCGAGU